UGUUACUUGACUGUCAAAAUGGCUGCUCUAUCGAUGUGCUUUUAAUUUCCGGUGUCGUGGGGUUAUGCGUGUGUAAAAAUUACUUGAAAUAUUUAGGGAAUUUAGUUAUUUUUGUAACUGUAUAGUGAGGUGCAGAACUGCAAAAGCGUCAGGAGACAUUAAGAGGGAAGUAAGUACAAAGUUGGUGUGGUGACUGACAGAAGAUGUCUGCUAAAGCCAUCCGUGAAGCGUCAGGCAAAGAUCUGAUCAACAGAAACCUUCCUAGUGGGACAGCUGCUGCAAAGUGCCAGUUUGCUUCUGUUACUGAAGCUACAGAUUGGACAGAACUUCUUUCAAGAAACCCAUGGCUGCAGACGCAGAAACUUGUAGUAAAGCCUGAUCAGCUAAUCAAACGACGUGGCAAGUUGGGUCUGAUUAAAGUAAAUGCAGACUUUCCAGCAGUGAAAUCAUGGGUUGAAGAGCGCAUGGGCAAAGACCAGAAGAUUGGCCGAGCAACUGGGAAACUUAGGAAUUUUAUUAUUGAACCGUUCAUUCCACAUGAGGAGGAUGAAGAAGCAUAUGUGUGUAUCUACUCACAUCGUUAUGCGGACACCAUUCUGUUUCAUCAUCAGGGUGGUGUUGAUAUUGGUGAUGUAGAUGCCAAGGCUCUUAAGCUUGAUGUACCUGUAGGUCGCUCUACUGAUGUUGCUACCAUUCAGGAUAAACUGUUAACCCAUGUUGUUGCUCCAAAGAAACCGAUAAUAGCGAAAUUUAUUGAAUCCCUUUAUCAGCUAUAUACAGAGUUAUACUUCACAUAUCUUGAAAUCAACCCCCUGGUUGUGACUAAGGAUGUAAUAUAUAUUCUGGAUCUGGCAGCAAAGCUUGAUUCAACAGCUGACUUUGUAUGCCGUCCUAAAUGGGGUGAAAUUGAUUAUCCCCCUCCCUUUGGUCGUGAUGCAUUUCCUGAAGAAGCAAACAUUGCAGAUCUGGAUGCCAAGAGUGGUGCAUCACUUAAGUUGACAAUCCUGAACAAAUCUGGACGUAUCUGGACAAUGGUAGCUGGUGGGGGUGCAUCUGUCAUCUACAGUGAUACUAUUUGUGAUUUGGGAGGAGCAUCAGAAUUGGCCAAUUAUGGAGAAUAUAGUGGUGCUCCAUCUGAACAGCAAACAUAUGAAUAUGCUAAGACCAUACUUGGCCUUAUGUGUCAGGAGAAACACCCAAAGGGCAAGGUGUUGAUUAUUGGUGGUGGUAUUGCUAAUUUCACAAACGUGGCAGCCACAUUUAAAGGUAUUGUAACAGCACUGCAGGAAUUCCAGUCAAGAUUGGUAGAAUAUAACAUUUCUAUUUUUGUCCGUCGGGCCGGCCCCAAUUAUCAGGAAGGUUUGAGAAUAAUGAGGGAUGUGGGACAGAAUUUGGGAAUACCUUUAUAUGUAUUUGGUCCAGAGACACACAUGACAGCUAUUGUUGGCAUGGCACUCGGAAAAAAACCUAUUCCCAAGGAAACAGAGGUGGAGUUUGCCACAGCCAAUUUUCUCUUACCUGGUGGACAGAGUAGGGGUAGUCCCCUACACUCACGUAAAGGAUCUGUGAGUUGCUCUUCAUUAACCACCUCUGUACAUAAAGAAGCAGAAAAUGCGGCCAGCAGAGCAGUAAGAGGGGAUGCAAAUAGCUCAUCCGAAGUUCUGUUCACUAACAAAACAAAAGCAAUUGUAUGGGGAAUGCAAACACGGGCAGUCCAAGGCAUGUUGGAUUUUGACAUUGUGUGUCGACGAUCAGAGCCUUCAGUAGUUGCAUUGGUUUACCCUUUUGCAGGAGAUUACAAACAGAAUUACUACUGGGGUCACAAAGAAAUAUUAAUUCCAGUGUACACAAAAAUAAAGGAUGCAGUGAGAAAGCACAGUGACGCAGAUGUACUUGUCAACUUCGCCUCUCUUCGUUCAGCCUAUGAAAGUACUAUUGAAGCCAUGAAUUACCCACAGAUUCGUACAAUUGCAAUCAUUGCAGAAGGCAUCCCGGAAAACAUGACACGAAAACUAAUUCUUUUAGCCCAAGAGAAGGGAGUUAACAUAAUCGGACCAGCUACUGUAGGAGGUAUUAAACCUGGUUGUUUCAAAAUUGGCAACACUGGUGGAAUGAUGGACAAUAUUCUACAUUCUAAGCUUUAUAGGCCUGGCAGUGUAGCAUAUGUGUCACGGUCUGGUGGUAUGUCCAAUGAAUUGAAUAACAUCAUCUCAAAGGCAACAAAUGGGGUGCUGGAGGGUGUAGCCAUUGGUGGUGAUCGGUACCCUGGUACUAACUUCAUGGACCAUAUCAUGAGGUACCAGGCGGAUCCCGAGGUUAAAAUGACUGUUCUCUUGGGAGAGGUUGGAGGUGUGGAAGAGUAUGAUGUAUGUGAAGCACUGAAGAAUGGCCGCAUUAGCAAACCAUUGGUGGCAUGGUGUAUAGGAACUUGUGCAGGGAUGUUCACCUCUGAGGUUCAGUUUGGCCAUGCUGGUUCAUGUGCCAACUCAGAUCAGGAGACGGCUGUUGCAAAGAACAAAGCCCUGAGUGAAGCUGGUGCACAUGUACCACAAUCAUUUGACUCAUUGGGUGACAUCAUUCACGAAGUGUAUGAUACCUUAGUCCAGUCUGGAAUCAUUAUUCCAGAACCAGAGGUGCCACCUCCCACAGUUCCCAUGGACUACGCAUGGGCUAGGGAGUUGGGUCUCAUUCGUAAACCAGCCUCAUUUAUGACGAGCAUUUGUGAUGAGAGAGGACAGGAGCUUAACUAUGCUGGAAUGCUUAUAAGUGAUGUCUUGAAGCGUGAUGUUGGAAUUGGAGGUGUAGUGUCUCUCCUAUGGUUUCAACGCUGCCUUCCUCCCUAUGUUUGUAAAUUUUUUGAAAUGUGUCUGAUGGUAACAGCUGAUCAUGGACCAGCUGUGUCAGGUGCACACAACACUAUUGUUUGUGCACGUGCUGGCAAGGAUCUUGUAUCGUCAGUUGUGUCAGGCCUGCUGACAAUUGGUGACAGAUUUGGUGGCGCCUUGGAUGGUGCAGCCAGACAAUUUAGUGAAGCAUAUGAUUCAGGCCUUCACCCCAUGGAAUUUGUUAAUGCAAUGAGGCAGAAAGGUCAGCUUAUCAUGGGCAUUGGACAUAGAGUUAAGUCUCUCAACAAUCCUGAUAUGCGGGUGACAAUUAUUAAGGAAUUUGUAAUGGAGAGUUUUCCAGCCACACCUCUUUUGAAUUAUGCUCUAGAGGUUGAGAAGAUCACCACAUCGAAGAAACCGAACCUCAUUCUCAAUGUAGAUGGUGUAAUUGCUGUGUCUUUUGUUGACCUUCUAAGACACAGUGGCAGCUUCACCAGAGAAGAGGCCCAAGAAUACAUAGAGAUGGGUGCAAUUAAUAGUCUUUUUGUUCUUGGAAGAAGCAUUGGCUUCAUUGGCCAUUAUAUGGAUCAGAAACGUCUGAAGCAGGGCCUCUACCGCCACCCUUGGGAUGAUAUUUCCUAUGUCUUGCCUGAACAGUAUAAUAAUUAAAUGAAAUGAUAAAUGCCAUAGUUAAGAUUUUAGUAGCUGCCACCAAAAUAUGCAGAUCAAACAUUUAAAUUAUAAAUGUCCACAUGCAGUAAACCAAAUCAUAAUUCCAGGAUGUUAAUGAAUGCACAUUGUAGUAAUGCCUUGCACUAUAUGGUGAUGUAGGUAAUUUGAUUAAUAAUUUUUUACAUUCUUUUUGGGUAUUCAGAUUAAUAAUGUUAAAGUUCAGAAAGGAGGCAAUGCAGUGUUAUAGUAACAUGUUGAAUGAUACAAAACUUCUUUCAGAGGAAGAUAAUUCAACUUUGAGAAAGGUGCUGCUUUUAUUGUAGCAUGUUUGGGUACAGGUGUAACUUCUGUAGGUUACCAGGAAUAUGUAGAGAGGAAAAUGUGCAGUCUAAAGGAAAAAUAUUUUUCACAAUAAUAAGAGAAUGAACAACCAAAUAUUACAAAUGAAAUACAAGAAGAUAAUGUGGCUCUUAUUUUAUGUUCAUCACUUGUGCAUUAUCUUUCAUCACCUUAUCAGUUUGCAUUUUAAUAAGUAUAAAAGUGCAUUUAUUUAUUAUUAGGUAUGUCUCAACAAAAUUGUUUAUUCUUACUGCAGGAAUCAACUUUGUGUGAAUUCAGUCUGUGAUAGAAGUCCAGAUUGAGAAAGAUUUAUGCAGAUGUAAAUAAUGUAUUUAGCCACUUCCAAGGGAAGGGCAGGGUGGCUUUAUGGUGUUCUGUUUUACAAAUUUCUAAAUCCUAAGUUAUAAUGAGAUAUAGUUUACUACAGACUGUCACUGUGUUUUUAUUUAUAUGCAUCAUUUUGAUACUAAGGAUGUGUUUUAGCGAGAUCUUAGUUCCAUAAUCCAACUGCCAAUUUGUAGUAUUUUGAAGUGUGCCAAGAACUGGAAGA